CUCACGCAUGCGCGAAAAAACCCAGCCAAUAUCUCAUCACUGGUCGGAAAUAAUUUUAUAUCAACUACCUCACGUAGUAUUUUAUACAAAAUUAUUUACAUAUAUAUUCAUGUCACUUGUAUUCAAUAUCAUAACAACUGAUUUCUUAUGUUAUGUACUUCGCUUUAUCAUCCAGUAUGUGACAAAUUUUACUAUCCGCGAUAAAAUAAAAGCAAAGUGGUGGCAAGUGGCAGUGAAUGGUGGUAGUAUCAAAAGCUUGUAGCACGUUUUCUGCUCAUUCAAAAUUUAUAAAACAGUAUACUUAUGAUUGCUUUUGAAUAAUUUGCGGACAGUACAAAUAUUAUAUACAAAAAUGACAAAUAACGAGCAAAGAGAUACUUGUUUAAAAUUGUUGCACCAAUUAAAAGCACAAAACAAAGCUUUUUCUAAGUUUGAAGAAUUAGCUGAUACACUACAGGAUUAUGUAUCAUCAAAAGGACUGGAAGAUGAAGAUAUGGAUUUACUAGCAAAUAUUAUUAUAAAUACUGACUUAAGUGCAACUAAAAUGAUAACAUUAAUAAAAUGUUUGAUUCCCAAAUACAAGGUACCUGAAAACACAUUUAAAAUGAUCACCACAUGGCAUUUAUCAUCAGUAAAUCAACUGCCUAUCACUGUAUCCGUUCUUGUUAUACAGUGGAUCAUUGGUUUAUGGGAUUAUCACUUAAUAGAUAAAAAAAUUAUAAAUAUAUAUUAUAAUGUAUUUUUUUAUGUGAUGUUGAAAAAAGAAAAAUUGGAAAAACAAAUAGCACGUUUAAUUUAUGUUUUAACAAAACCAGAAGAUGUAACACGUAGAGAUGUGUGUCGAUUACUAGCUUUAAAUCAGAAAUAUUCUAAACCUAGAACGCAUAUUAGUGUUUUAUUGUCAUUAUUCAAGUCUUACAAACCUGAAUUGGUUCCUGAAAAAAUUAAUUCUGUAAAUAUAGAAAGUGUAUGGAAACCAAUACCAGAAGUUUUACGAUUAAUGCUGCAAAGUGUGAAAAUACGCUUAGAAGUUCAAGAAACACAUGAUGUCAAUGAAUUAAAUGAAAAAUGUUUUAAAUGGAAUACAGUUGAGUUCAAAAAAGGAAAAAAAAAUGUGACACCUUUAAUGCCAUCUGUGGGAUAUUUUCAAAUUGGCUCUAGUAUCUUUAAAGAAAAAGACUCAACUUCCAUUUUUGAUAUCUCUAGCACCGAAGAACUAGGAAAAUCACAUUUGAGUGUAGAAUUACCAUGUAAUGCCAUAUCUCUCUUAACUAAUACAGCUGGAUACCAUCUUCUUACAUUUGCUGAUUUUCAGUAUCAAAGUAGAUUCUCUUAUAAUCUUUAUAACACUCUAGUAAGAGCGUUAAUGCUAGAGAACGAGAAAUUUUCUGUAGAAGAAAUCAAUAAAUUACUCGACAUGACUAUUGAAUUUUCACGAUAUAUGCAGCAAGGUGUACUUGUUGUUAACCGUUUUCUCAACGAGUAUCUUUAUUUCAACACAGGAGAGUAUCAAUCAAAGUUACUGAUGUUAUUACAAUGGAUGACACCAAUAUCUAGUAGCGAUUUACACAGAAAAAUAUUAGUGCAUAUACAAGAAAUGUUUUAUGAAUCAGAAAUUGAUAAAAAAUGUGAAAUUAUUAAAACAUUGAAGAUGUUGAUUACAAACUUGUUUGUUACACAAGGUUUUGAAGAAUGCUAUCAUACAGCACCUGCACCAUUUUUAGGUCAAACUCAAGUAGACAGUUUAGAAGAUAUUAUUCCCACUCUUACGAAAGUUUCAGAAGAUCUUAUUAUAUCCGGUUUAAAUAUUCAUUCAUACAACACUUUAUUACUUGCAGAAUCAUUGUCAUUUUAUGAACAGGUUUGUUCAUUGGAAGAAUGGAAUAAUGAAGUGUCUGUUACAUUAGCACCCUCUGCAGUAAUUUAUGGAGGUUUUAUUACACAACAUUGUGCAAUUUUAUCAAGGACAUGUCGCUUACUAUUAAGGUAUCGUAAUAUGAUAGCAAAUUUACAAAAUAGUAAAUUACGAAACAUAAUUAGAAGAAAAGUUUACACCAUAUUUGUUUAUGCCCAAGAAAUUGUUGAUGUACUAUGGUAUGAUGAGUUGGCGAAGAAAAGAAAUAAUGGAUACUUAUUAUAUAAUGUACCAGACAUAGUGAUAAAAGAUUUAAAUAGUUGUGAUGCAAAUUCUCUUUUAAAUGUUAAUAAUCAUUAUAGUUUCUUACCUUAUAAAUGGAUAUUAAAUAAAUCUGGGCUUAACAUAAAUACAAAAAUGGAUGCUAUAAGAGUAGCUUUACAUUACUAUCCAUCCGUAAAAGAAUUUAUUAGCACAUUUCAAACUUGACGAAUUUAAGUCUAAAAAAAUCAGAUUAUGAACCAGGUUCACAUUACAUUUUUCGGCAAGCAAGCUUCUGGACUUCUCGAACGGGUCUUCUCCUCAAGUGGUGGGGAAAACAUUUUCGUUUAUGUCGAAUCUUUACUGUAUGUAACAUAAUAAAUAUAAAUUGCGUACUUUUGAUAUCUUCCAUAUCUGUACAUUCAUAUCUAUAUAUGUAUAUCCCAUUUGGGCGUUGUUUAUAUACAAAAAAUAUAUAACUAACAAUUUGAA